AUGUUGGGCCCCGAAGUGGUAAAUGAGAUGGUCGAAAUCGUGCGACAAAUCAAAGAAAGGAUCAAGGAAGCACAAGAUCGGCAGAAGUCAUACGCAGAUGCUCGUCGGACCGACCUGCAGUUUAGCAUAGGAGACGAGGUCUUCUUGAAGCUACGGAAGUACGUGUUCGACCCGAAGCACGUGAUCUACCAUGAAGAAGUGAUGUUAAAUCCGGACUUGAGUUACGAUGAGAAGCCCGAAGCAAUCUUAGACCGAAAAGUGCAACAACUGAGGAACAAAUCUAUCUCUUCAAUGAAGGUAUUGUGGAGUCACCAUGUAUACGAGGAGGCCACGUGGGAAUUUGAGGACAAGAUGAAAGAAAAAUACCCGGAACUGUUUGAAUAG